AUGCCAAGAUGCCAACCUACGAGACCCGGCUCAAUAUCCAAGCCCCAACCCACAACUCCGGCAUCCCGACCAAUCUCAACUUCUAUUCCUGGUCCCCAACUCCCAAGUGAUCCUGUUGUGUCGCCCAAAGCCAGGGCUAGAGUUGAGCAAGGGAAAGCUCCCAUCGUUACAGAGCAACCCUAUGCUCCAGUGGCCCCUGCUACAUCGAAUGCCCCACCCGGGCCUUCCUCCUUUCCCGAAGUGCCUCCUACACCAGCAUCCCAAGACACCCCUGCGACUCAAGCUGGAUUUUCCUCCAUCCGACCAUCCUCCUCGACACAUCUUGAUCCCAGCGAGAUCGCUAUCGGGUCAUCAACUCAUCCUCCUUCAGGCGAGAUCGCUGUUGGACCGUCACAAUCACAGCGCUCUCACUAUCGCCAUUAUCGAGCCACCAAGCCGUCAGAAUGGGGCAUGCGUGGUCCGUCAAAUGCCCAGACUAGUCAUCUCACGCCGAGGGGUCAGUUAUCGACCGAUUGGGAGGAAAGUCUACGGCGGAUGCAUGCUCUCCCCAUGCUCACUCAGCUGGAUCGAUUUUCUGAAGGAUCUACUGCGUCGUUCUCCCUCCUGUAUCAACAAAAUAAAGCUUUGACAGAUACAAUGGCUGACCUAGAAUCCAAAUUGUCUGACCCUGCCUCGGGCGUGUCCCAACUAAGGGCAGAAGUGUCAACCUUAAAGAAGGUGAACGCCACCCAUGAACAAACCCUGGGGGAGGCCCAGCUAGAGAUCGACCGCCUCCGAGAAGAAAAGAGCAGGCUUGAAGCUCUUCUGAAGUCAUCCGAGAAUAAGUGCCAAGAAGCUCAGUCAAAAUUGGCUCAAUGCACAACAACUUUGGAGGAUUUAAGGUUUGCCCAUAAGAAAGAGACGGAUCGCAAGGCCCAAGAGCUGAGUUCCCGGGACCUGCUUAUUAUGGACCAGAGGCGGGACCUGGAGUCCCAAGCGACAAGGUUGGGUUCUCUACAAGCAGAGCUAUCUCAAGCUCAAUCUGCACUAUCAAACUCUGUUAUUGCCCUGGAGACCUACAAGGCUGGGGAACACGACCGCCUGCAAGCAAGCCUAGAAGAAUAUUUGCGCUCUCCAGAUUUUGGCGCAUAG